AUCGGUUUAUUAUAUCGUUUUGUUUUUCUUUAAAAAAUUAGAAGGGGAAGAAAAGGUUUGCAAAAUGGUGGAGCUCACCUGCUUAUCCCCAGCGCUGCGGCGCUCGUCUCCGACUCCGGCAGCUCCUCGCCGCGGGCCGCCACCUCGCGGCCGUGCCUACUCUCCCCGCGGCGUGAUCCUCCGCGCCGCCACCGUCGCGGACGCCACGCCCGGCGCCGACGACUACCACUCCACCAUCCGCUCCCUCAACUCCCGCGGCCGCCACGUCCCCCGCAAGUCGCUCGGCCAGAACUACAUGCUGAACUCCAAGGUGAACGAGGAGCUGGCGGCGGCGGCGGGGGUGGAGGAGGGGGACGUCGUGCUCGAGAUCGGACCGGGAACCGGGUCGCUCACCGCCGCGCUGCUCGAGGCCGGCGCAACCGUCUUCGCCGUCGAGAAGGAUAAGCAUAUGGCUACCCUUGUGAAAGAUAGGUUUGGAUCUACAGAGCGACUGAAGGUCAUCGAAGAAGACAUCACAAAAUUUCACAUUCGCUCCCAUUUUCUUCCUUUCAUGAAGGAGAAAUAUCAUAACACCACAAAGCGUGCAAAGGUUGUGUCAAACUUACCAUUCAAUGUCAGCACCGAAGUUGUCAAACUACUUCUCCCAAUGGGGGAUAUUUUCUCUGUCGUGGUGCUUAUGCUUCAGGAUGAAACGGUAGUGCGUCUUGCAGAUUCUUCGAUACAAACUCCGGAGUACCGACCUAUAAAUGUGUUUGUCAAUUUCUACUCAGAACCUGAAUACAAGUUCAGAGUGGACAGAGAGAAUUUUUUUCCUCGACCAAAGGUUCAUGGUGCUGUUAUCAGCUUUAAACUAAGGAACGCUGAGGAGUAUCCACCAGUUGGUUCCCCCAAAAGCUUCUUUUCAAUGGUGAAUUCUGCUUUUAAUGGGAAGCGCAAGAUGCUUAGGAAAUCUCUUCAGCACCUAUGCUCUUCUUCUGAGAUCGAGGCUGCUCUUCACAAAAUUGGUCUUCCAGUUACAGCUAGACCUUCUGAUCUGACAUUGGACGAUUUCGUGAGAUUGCACAGUCACCUGGUGGAAGUUUGAUUAUAUAUGCAGUGCCUUCGAAAUGCCUAGGGACUUGCUUGUUGGCAUGAUGAUGAAGUGAGCAGGGCCUAACUGCCCGAGAGUUGCUCUGCAGGUAAAACCUGAUCCUUAAGACGGGAAGUAAAUUGGCUAGAAGGAUAGGAUCUUGCAACUUGCCUUGAGUUCAGAUUUUUCUAAUCCUGACAUUUGAGCAAUUGAGAGUAUGCUAACCUCCGAUAACCAGCUGGGUUUUCUUCAUGGGUUACAACUGCCGCAAUUGAUCUACUGGCACACAGUCAGCAGUUCUCCAUGGAUGGUGAUGUUCAAACUUGAAAGUAAUAUUUUUCCAUGCCGUGGAAAUUGUACAGUCCUGCAGAAAAGAAUGGCGCUAUAUGUACCUUUUUUUUUUUGGCGAACUACCAUGUACAUACUGGAUCUUCUACCCUGGUUCAUCUCUUCGGAAAUAGAGGAGGGGAUCUAAAGGCCAAAGAUGCAUGCCGGAGCAAUGUAAGGCAAAGACGCCUCACGCCGGUGCAUGGUAUGUUGAUAGAUAGAGGUGCCAGGUUUAGACGUCAAUCAUAAACUGUCCUGGAAGGACACUUUAUCCUCUCUUGCAGUAUGGGCGUGCUGAAAUAAUCAGACAGUACUUGCGUACUUGUCAUGAUACACUUUCAGACAUUGUAUAUCUAUUCAUGACCGAUAGCUGAAAAAAAGAUUCAUGGUAAUCACGUUUAGAUGGUAAAAAAAA